CUUGGUUUCUUCGCAUAACUGUGAGCAGCACAAGAAAUCAUGGUCGCGACUCGACGCUCCACGCGAUCUCAAGGUCGAGCGACCCCCGUUGCGGAUCCAGUUCCGCCGCCGCCUGCGCCAACCCCAAAGCGACAGACCCGUGGCAAGGCCAAGGUAGUGUUGUCCGCCAGCGCAGAAUCUCCCGCCAAAACUCCCGCCGGAACCAAGGACAACGAUGAAGUUGACGCCCAAGACGUGACCCCGUCAAAGCGAAAACACACACCCGCAACCAAACGCGCGUCUCCUUCCACCCGUAAGAAGACGACACCUGUGAAGCAGGUGGAAACACCGUCUAAAGCGAGCACAACCGACCCACACAAAGCAACCACCGCCAGGUCUAUCGCCAUCAGCAGCGAUGAUGCCGAUGUGGAAACAAAACCCGCGAUCAACAACGAGGUGGUGGUGACGACAACCCCGUCGAAAGAAGUGCCCUCGAAGAAGAAGGCUUCGCCUGCCGCGAAACAAACUCCCAAGGCGAAGGCAGGCGACAGUGCUGCUGUUGCGUCUGCCACCGCGACACCACCCAUUGCGCAGCAGAAAUCGAAGUCGACCGAAGUUAUUCCGUCCGACACUGAAUCCGAAGGUGACGACGAAGAUGUUGAGGCUAUGGUAAACUUGGCGUUAACAGCCUUCACGAGCCCCUCAAACGACGAGGCUGCUCCCAUCCAAGACGCAGAAGUCCCUGUUAUGAAGGAACUCGUGUCCAACAGACUGCACAGCGGCGUGACCACCCGCGACUUGUACCUCAAGUUCAACGGCAACAAGUGCGCAAACGGGGCACAGCUGGCGUCCGAGCGCAAACUCGUCGAGGAACUCAAGCAGUUUGCCAAGACGCAAAAGGUACAGGCUGUGCAGGACGUCGCCAACGGCAAAGCGCACACGACGACGACGGAUGCAGGCAAGAACCAGACCAGCUCCAAGUGGUUCAACAUGGUUUCGAACGAGCUCACGGCCGAAGCCAAGCGCGACAUCCAGCUGAUCAAGAUGAGAAACUACAUCGACCCCAAGCGCUUCUACAAGUCGAGCGACCACCGCAAGUCUGCCAUGCCCAAGGUGUUCCAAGUCGGUACGGUCAUCGAAGGCGCGGCCGAGUUCAAGUCGGCGCGCGUGAGCCGCAAGGACCGCCACCAGACGUUCACCGAGGAAAUCCUGCACGACAAGAAGAUUGGCGGCUACACCAAGCGCAAGUACGGCGACAUCCAAGCGGCCAAGGCGAACCCUGGCAAGAACAAGUUCAAGAAGGUCAAGCAUCACGCCAACCGCAAGUAGGACGAGGGGUUGUUGAUGUUGCCAGUAGAGGGAGUUUUAUUUAACAUUUGCAACAACCAACGGAUGAUUGUUAUAACUGUACAAA